AAGUCUUAGGGCUCGCUAACGUUAGUUAGUGACGUUAGUCGUCACUUUACGGCAGCGCGCGUGUAUCUGGAGGUCAGCAGAGCUCGAGCGCUCUCACCUGUAAUUAAAGACUCGGUGUUCUCACCUGGAAACUCACCGAAGAUCCAACACACACACCGACAGCACCGCGUCUGUCUCUGCCGGUGACUCCAGCAGCUCGUCGUUCAUUGGUUCACCAUCUAGCAACAUAGCUCGCGCUUGCUAACGUUAGCCAGCUCGUGCUCUCUCUCUCGCUCUCUUCACCUGUCUUCGCCAGGUGACCCCACACACAAACACACGGAUCAUGGACAACAACAGCUCACAGGGCUCGGCAGGAGGUGCCAAAGCUGGAGGUCUCGGGGGUUUGUUUGGAGGAGGCGCACCUGAAUACUCCAACACGGAGCUCGCGGGAGUCCCACUGACAGGAAUGAGUCCUCUGUCUCCUUAUCUCAACGUUGACCCUCGUUACCUGAUUCAGGACACAGAUGAGUUCAUCCUACCCACAGGCGCCAAUAAAACAAGAGGAAGGUUUGAGCUGGCUUUCUUUACCAUCGGAGGAUCCUGCAUGACUGGAGCAGCACUUGGAGCUGUAAAUGGUCUCAGGAUGGGUCUUAAGGAGACCAGAGACAUGGCAUGGUCCAAACCUCGUAACGUACAGAUUAUCAACAUGGUGACCAGACAGGGUGCUUCAUGGGCCAACUCUCUGGGCUCCGUUGCCUUGUUAUAUAGUGUUUUCGGCGUGGCGAUAGAGAAGGCCAGAGGAGCAGAAGAUGACAUCAACACAGUGGCUGCUGGGACGUUAACUGGGAUGCUGUUUAAAUCAGGCAGUGGAAUAAAAGGUGUAGCCCGAGGAGGUCUGGCUGGUUUAGCCUUGUCUGGUGCCUACGCUCUCUACAACAACUGGGACCACAUCACCGGCUCCUCAUCGUCAUCAUCUUCCAGGCUGUACUAAACCCAACCACCCCACCCACCCCUUCCCACCUCCCACACAUCUGCUUCCACAUUAGGGCCAAAUAUCUCUCAAGGACACAGCCUUUAACCACAGCGCUAAGAGGAAUUAGACUCUGGUCAAAUGCAGUGUGCUUUUCAGGGGAAGCGUGUCAACUUUCCUUUUCCAGGGAAUUAAGAAGAUGUGACAACGUGGACAAAAUUCCACUGGAUAUCCAGAUGUAGACCGUCCUCUAACACCACUCUCUUCAUUCGUGUUUGUCCUCUGAAGUAUUCCUGUCGCUGGUUUGAUCAGUAAUGAUUUGUUAUUAUCAUUGUUGCUAGUUUUGAAAUCAACGAACCCAUGACAUUUGGGUUAAAUAAGCCAAUUUGUAAGGUGACAUCUGGUGUGGGUCACCAGAUGAACGGCAGUGGAUUCACGUUCUGAUUUUUGGACUUGAAAGACUCUUCUGUCGUAGAAGAGCGAAGAUCUACACACAGAACUUAAGCCUUACGGUCAGUUCUCGUAUUUAUUGAAGCGUAUCAGCAAGAAGAGAUCACUGUAAAGCCUGUACCAUGAACCCGCUGUGUUUUAAAAACUGAAAUAAAAAAAAUGGAAAAUGUUGA